GGUGGGACGGAUCGGACAGUGUUGUGGUUGGUUGUGGUUUUGGUGCUUUUCAGCAUUCUACCUCUACCUCUACCGCCCAUUGUAUAGUGUAUAAAACUAAGUUCAUUCAAGUGUAAUUUUAAUAUUAAUAUAAAUUAUUUUUAGUGACGGAUGACAUACAUUUUGAAAAGUAUGUAGUGUCAAUUCCAAAGUGAAUAUUUGUGAUAUACUGAGUUUAUCAACUCGAAAAAUCAAGAUAUUUAUCAUUGGUUCUGGUUCCUGUCAUUAAGCUGCAGUAUUGUGUUACCGGCUCAUUAUACUUGUAUGUACAUUUUUAUUGUGCCCGCAUUGUUAGUGCGGUAUAAUCUAGAUCGAAUGAAAGGAUAAAAUUGAGAAAUAUUUUAAAAAUACACCAUCUAGGCUGGAUAAAGUUUUGCAAUGGGAGCCCAUGUUUCUCGAACUGACUUUGAGUAUACUUAUAAUGAAGAACCACAUGCUUCUCGUAGAAAAGCUAUUUUGGCCAAAUAUCCGCAAAUAAAGAAACUAUUUGGAUACGACCCUAAUUUCAAAUGGAUUGUGAUUGGUAUGGUGUUGACACAGUUUGUGUCGUUCUUGUUCAUAAAAGACUGCUCUUGGCCGAUUGUGUUCUUCCUAGCUUACAUAUUUGGUGGUGUCAUCAAUCACUCUCUAAUGCUUGCCAUUCAUGAGAUUGCUCAUAAUUUAGCAUUUGGCUACUCUAGACCAAUGGCCAAUAAACUCCUCGGAAUGUUCGCUAAUCUGCCAAUUGGAUUACCAUUCUCAGUGACCUUCAAGUAUUAUCAUUUGGAACAUCAUAGGUAUCAAGGAGAUGAAAAAAUUGACACUGACAUUCCGACUUAUUUAGAAGCGAAACUUUUCUGCAACACAUUUGGAAAGUUGGUUUGGCUAUUUAUGCAGCCACUUUUCUAUGCGUUCAGACCGAUAGUUACCUAUCCGAAGCCCCCCACCUUGUUGGAAUUAUGCAACACUGCUAUUCAAUUGAUGUUCAAUUUUGCAGUCGUCUACUUUCUAGGAUGGAAAGUGCUUGCUUACAUGCUGGGUGGCUCUCUACUAGCAAUGGGUAUUCAUCCUGUGGCUGGGCAUUUUGUAUCUGAACAUUAUAUGUUCCACAAAGGAUUUGAAACGUACUCCUAUUAUGGCUGCCUCAAUGCCAUAACAUUCAACGUUGGAUACCAUAAUGAACACCAUGACUUCCCUUACGUUCCUGGCUCAAGGUUACCUCAGGUUCGUGAAAUUGCUUCAGAAUUCUACGACAAACUUCCCCAUCAUAAUUCUUGGGUAUCGGUAUUGUAUGAUUUUGUUUUCGAUCCUGAAAUUGGACCAUACGCCCGCAUCAAGAGAAAGCACAAGGGCCUCAAAACGUGAUUCCGAAAUGUCAUCAACAUUAACUCAUCUCAUUUUGUAAAUUACAUUAUUAUUAUUGCAUUUUUCAUAUUUUACUUCAUUCAUUGUCUAUUUUUGCUAGCCAAGUGCACAUUUUAACAUCACUUAUUUUCAAAUUAUUAGAUAAAGCUCAAAUUUAGAAUAUAUUAUACAGAGUCGAGUUUCUAUCAAGGAUGCAAAGAACAAAUUUGAUUUAUAAUAAGUAUUAGUCAUCGAUCAAUUAUUCUCUGUUUGCUUUUGCUUAUUGACAUUAUAAGUGUAAUUAUUUAUGUACAUUUAUCUAUGUAUUUAUUCAAUCUUAGUUUAUAUAUUUAUCAUGAACAAAAUUAUCUGACUUCUCUAGUCUUUUGUAUUCCUACAAAAUUACAUUAACUAGUUUAUCUUUUAAGCAUAUUGAAGCAACAGUUUGUAAUACCUACUUUUAAAUUACAAUAAUUAUUU